GGCUAAGGCAAGAGCUUCCCCACCUUACCCUAGAAGCCGCCAUUGUUUUAAGUUACUUUCUGCAGUUAAGUUGUAAAGAGGCGCCCAAAUUAGGUUAAGGAGUGAGAAAAGAUGCAGCAUGAUGAGGUCAUAUGGCAAGUUAUCAGACACAAGCAUUGCAGUUUCAUGGCUAAAAUUGAGACAGGGAUAUUUUGCCGAAAUCCAUAUAAUGUAACUGGGAUUUGCAACCGCAGCUCAUGUCCUCUGGCUAAUAGUCGGUACGCCACCAUUCGGGAUCAUGAUGGAGUGUUCUAUUUGUACAUGAAAACAAUAGAAAGGGCUCACAUGCCAAACAAACUUUGGGAAAGAGUUAAAUUGCCAAGAAAUUACGAACAGGCUCUUGCAAUCAUUGAUAAACAUUUGAUGUACUGGCCAAAGUUUCUUGUGCACAAAGCAAAACAAAGAUUAACAAAAAUGACUCAGAUGCGAAUAAGAAUGAGGAAGCUUGCUUUGAAAACAAGGGAGAAGAUAAUGACCACACCUAGGAAAGAAACGAAAAGAGAAUCUCGCCGACAGGAAAAGGCUGAAAAAGCAGCUCUUCUCGAUAAAAGCAUUGAGAAGGAACUGCUGGAACGCCUUUCUAAAGGAGUGUAUGGUGAUAUAUACAAUUAUCCUGAGCGGAAGUAUCUAGAGAUUCUUGGUAGGGAAGAAAUGCAGGUGGCUAGUGAAGAAGAAGAUGAGGAGGAGCAUGAAGUGGAAUAUGUUGAAGGCUAUGAUGAGCUUGAGGAGGAAGAUGAUAUGGAAGAUUUUGAUGGUCUUGGAAUUAGAGACAGCGGCUUGGAUGAUGAUACUGUUGGAAUGGACGACGAGGAUGAUGAUGAUGAUGAAGAUGACGAGGCUGUUGCAGUUCAUCAGAAGAGGGGUAGAAAAGAUUCUGUUUUAGCUAGAAGAAGAGCAGAGAAAGAUGAGCCAAGUGCAAAUUCAAAGAAAAAGGCGAAAGUUCUUGUGGAGGUUGAACAUGAGGGUACGGGUGAAAGACGGACAGCAGUACAAUGAGAGAUUGUAUGUAUUCCGUAAUUUUACAAUUAUCAAAAUGCUUGCUUAAGUGGCUGCGAAAUUCUCAAAUUAUGCGCCAGACUCCGUUAGCUAGAAUGAAAUGGACAUGUAAGCAAAAGGAUCUUACUAAUUUUGAUCUUGUAAUAGCAAAUUUUGUAGUCAUUGUUAGUGUUCGAGUGGAAUUGUGUGCUAAGAGUAGCGUUAUUGACCUUAAGUUGUAUUUCUUCUCUGUGGUACUCAUAUUAUAACGUUUGUCACAACAACAUACCCAGUAUAAUCUCACAAGUAAGGUCUGGAGAGGGUAGUGUGUACGCAUACCUUACCCCUACCCUGUGAAGGUAAGGAGGUUGUUUCCGAAGACCCUCAGCUCAUAUUACAACGUUUGUAAGAUC